GUCAACAUGUUACGUUACCCGCCAAACAUGCUGAACUGAACUGAACUGAAACAGAGCACGCCGCCGCCAAUAACUCAUUUCAACUUCACAUUAAAAACUCACCUUUAACAUUGUUGCCGUUUCUCUGAAUCGAAGCACCAUCAUAACAUACCUAUCCAUGGCAUUCAUAAAAUCAAGGGUACAAAUUCACUUGCAAAACUCUCUUUUCCCUCUCUUACCACACUCUUUCAGACUAUGUUCUUCUUCAACUCUUCUUUCACAACACGACACCGACAACGACAACGACACUCCUCGAAACAACACCAAUCUAUCCUCCGAAGACACUCAAUUAGUCGACAAGUUUCACACCAUAAUCAAAGACCACUACCGCAAAAACCCUAACCCUAACCCUAAUCCCAUUUCACCCUCACACAAUUUCUCCAUACCCGAUCUUUCCAUCGAAUUUUCCAAAAUCUCCACCGUUCAUUCAAUUUCACCCUCCAUCACACGCCGUGUGAUUGAGAAAUGCGGUGGUGUCCGCCACGGUAUUCCAUUUCUUCAAUCCCUAGCUUUUUUCAAUUGGGCCACGACGCUCGAAGGUUUUCCCUCAUCCCCGGAGCCCUACAAUGAAAUGAUUGAUCUUGCCGGAAAGCUCAGACACUUCGAAUUGGCGUGGAGUUUGAUCGAUUUGAUGAAAUCACGCGGAGUUGAAAUAACUGUCAGCACAUUUUCUAUUCUUGUUCGGCGCUACAUUAGGGCUGGAUUGGCUGCGGAGGCAGUGCACGCUUUUAACCGAAUGGAGGACUAUGGUUGUAUACCUGAUAAGGUUUCAUUUUCGAUUGUUAUUAGUAGUUUAUGUAAGAAGAGAAGAGCGAGUGAAGCACAAGCGUUUUUCGAUAGUCUUAAGCAUAAGUUUGAACCGGAUGUUAUAGUUUAUACUAGCUUAGUUCAUGGUUGGUGUCGUGCUGGUGACAUAGCGAAAGCUGAGGAGGUUUUCAGUGAUAUGAAGGUGGCUGGUGUUAAGCCUAAUGUUUAUACAUAUAGCAUUGUGAUUGAUUCGUUAUGUCGGUGUGGACAGAUUACUCGUGCUCAUGAUGUUUUCUCUGAGAUGAUUGAUGCUGGAUGUGAUCCUAAUGCUGUUACUUUUAAUAGUCUUAUGAGGGUUCAUGUGAAAGCUGGUAGGACUGAAAAGGUUUUGCAGGUUUAUAAUCAAAUGAAGAGACUUGGCUGUGUUGCUGACACGAUUAGUUAUAAUUUCUUAAUUGAGAGUCAUUGUAAGGAUGAGAAUCUCGAUGAAGCUGUCAAGGUUCUUGAUACAAUGGUUAAGAAAGGGGUUGCUCCUAAUGCAUCUUCUUUCAAUUCAAUUUUCGGAUGCAUAGCUGAGUUGCAUGAUGUGAAUGGCGCACAUCGGAUGUAUGCUAAAAUGAAAGAUCUGAAGUGCAAGCCUAAUACCUUGACUUUUAAUAUACUGAUGAGAAUGUUUGCUGACUCGAAAUCUAUUGAUAUGGUUCUGAAGUUGAAAAAGGAAAUGGAUGAGAGUGAAGUUGAACCUAAUGUGAAUACUUACCGAAUUUUGAUUUUGAUGUUUUGUGAAAAGGGGCACUGGAAUAAUGCAUACAAGUUAAUGAAGGAGAUGGUUGAAGAAAAAAGCCUAAAGCCAAAUCUGUCGAUUUAUGAAACGGUUUUGGAGCUGCUGAGGAAGGCUGGACAGCUAAAAAUGCAUGAAGAACUGGUCGAUAAGAUGGUUGCCAGAGGAUUUGUCUCUCCUCGCCCUUUGUAGAAGUUGCUACAUCAUUGACAUCAUAGAGCUGAAUCAAAGAACUUCCAAGGUAUUUUGAAUUGACAUUUGACAUCUUGUUCUCUAGUUGCAAGUUUGUCAAGACUUAUAAAAUGUUCAGUCAAUACGGGGGCAUUCAUAGCUAAGAGACUAUUUGAGGUUAUUCUUUUGUUCCCUGAAUCAUUAUCCCUACUACUGUCUACCGAUACUAUGCAUUUUCCUGAACUGCUAAAUUUUUGCUUUAGAAGCCCUGAGUUGUUUGACUGAAGGAAACACAAUACAUGUGUUGCACAUUAGCAGUAUGCUAUAUUGUUAAUAUCAGAUAGCGGCGCGUAGCACCAACCCUAAAAAAUGCUAUAGCGGUAUAGCGGGUAGCACUAUAGCAGUAUAGCGGCCAUGUACAAAUUAAACAUAAAUUCCAACAACAUACAUAAAUACUAAAAAAUAGAAAAAUAUACAAAAUUAAAAGGACUUUCUUACUUAAUAAUUAUACUAAAUAUUGUCAUAGACCAUCAAAAUAGGUUCUAAAUAAAGACUAAAAUACCCCUCACUUUAUGAUUUAUUUCCAAAAUAAGGGUUUUUAUAAAUUUUUCCCCUCCAAAACGCAAAAGCAGCCAAAUAGCGCUACCGAUCCGCUACGCCACUGCUAUUAUCCUGCAAAUAGUGGCCGCUAUUUCCGCUUCCCUAUAUAGCAGAAACCGGCCUUAUAGCAUAGCGGAGAGGUGGUCUAACGCCACGCUAUAGCGCCGCUAUUAACAUCAUAGGCAGUAUGUGUAUGUCCCUGCUCGCAUGCUGUUCAUGUAAAUGCUAACAAGUUGCAUAUCUUAGGUUAUAAUGUUUUGGAUGGAGUCUUUAUAAUUUGAUUAACUUGAUGGCCAUGAUUUAUUUAUUUUUGGCAAAAUUAUAAGUGUUAUGUUGCUGGGCAGGGUAUUGAAUUGACCCCUUAUUCUCUAGUUUCAUGUUUGUCAAGAGUUAUAAAAUGUUCAGUCAAUAUAGGGGCAUUCACAGCUAAGAGACUAUUUGAGGUUAUUCUUUUGUUUCCUGAAUAUUUAUCCCUACUACCGUCUACCGGUACUAUGCAUUUUCCUGAACUGCUAAAUUUUUGCUUUAGAAGCCCUGAAUUGUUUGACUGAAGGAAACACAAUACAUGCGUUGCACAUUAGCAGUAUGUGUAUGUCCCGGCUCACAUGCUGUUCAUGGAAAUGCUAACAAGUUGCAUAUCUUAUAUCUAAUACAGACUGAGAUGCUCUUAUGUGAAUGGUGCUAACUCUAUCAGUGGGAUUGAACCAGUCUGUUUCAGUUUUUACUCAGAUUGAGACACUCAUUUUUGAUUCCGUGGUAGCAGACUACAUUAACCGCAAAAAUCCCCUUUAAGCUAAACAAGCUGCGUGCAAUGUGUUGUAAUAAUGUGUUAGCUGCUUACUCGUCUGUUUAUUCAGUUUAUAUAUUUAAAAAUCACACUUGGUUUGCUGAGAAAAUGUUUGAUGAUUGUUAUAACUUAUAAUAUAUAUAUAUUGGAUUAGAUUGAGUGAAGGUUAGGUUCAUUGUUUU